AUGGAGUGUACAUCUCUACUCGGCAAACCCCCACCACCUAAGCGAAAGAAGGCACAAACCGAAGUCGGGAUCCUGGAGGCACGUUUGGAGAGCAUCGAGUCGGCAUAUUCGGAACGUCUCCGUCAUAUGGAAUCGUUGCUGAACAAGGUUUUGCCUGCAUCGCAGGUGCAGGAAUUGAUCCAUGGAAAUCUCGGCUCAGGCUCAUCUUCAGUUCAGGCAACAACCACAACAACAACAACAAAGUCUAAGGAAACGACGUCGACCCACUACCAGCGACAGGGACCAGCAGGAGUCACGCCUGACCCACCAGUCAUACCAUCUUACUCUCGAGCAUUAAGGGACAACCUCAACAUUCUGGAACCUAAGCAGUCGCCACGACAGGAACCUGUCGGCAGCAGCAAGCUAUCGCAGCAUGUGGCACCUUCUCAAUCAUCGGCCUCACCAAAUGCACCCGCCUUCACGUCACCCGAUAGUUUUCCUCUGGACGAAAGCGGAAGUGAUGAUAGCAGCGACUUCGACGAACUAGCAGCAACCAUGGACAAACUGCGACUUUUCGACGCCUCGUUCUAUUUCGGGAAAGGCACCAUGAUGUUCUCACACACGGACACGGAGAAGUUUUGGGACGAGGAGAUCUCCUUUGACGUCCACGAGGCUCCCGACAUCGAUAUUCCACCAGAGGCGCUAGUCAUGCCACCAGUGGAUGUGAUCGACGCUCUCUUCGACAUUUACUACUCGCAUUACUAUGUCUUUAUGCCGAUGAUCCAAAAGGCUGCCCUCCUGCAAGCUCUCGAGGACCGUCAUGAGCCCCAGAGUAUCUUCCUUUUGAACAGUGUCUUCAUGGCGGCGGCUGUUACCGGAGAAUGCACCCAUCCAUCAUGCUAUUCCAUAGUCGGAGACAUUCUGUCAAUGGGGACACCAUUUUUCGAGAGGGCAAGAUUGGUACUGGACUAUUGUCUCGGAGUCCCUAGAGUGUCGACAGUUCAGGGACUCAUGAUGCUUUCGCAGUACCCCAAGAUUGUCGGAAUAGGACACCACUUUAUCCAGCAGGCUAUUCUGAUGGCCAUGGAACUGGGGUUACACAGGAAAUGCGAUCGCUGGAUUCCCGACAAACAAGUUCAAGAAACGAGGAAGAGGGUCUUCUGGUGUGUCUAUGCACAGGACAGCUCUACCGCAAGUGUGACAGGGCGGCGACCUUUGAUCGACAACAGCGAAAUUGACGUGCCCUUAGUGGAUCCAAAUGCAACCGAGGGCGAGCUUGAGUACUCCAACACUCUCUUCCUGCUUCAUCUCUGCAAGCUCUGGCGGAUAUACAGGAACGUCAAGCAGUUUGUCUUUAACGCAGAGGACAUUCAGGGGAUGGCAUCAGGACCAGGGAGUCUACCCAAGAACUACGAGCAGCAAUUGAUUCAGUGGCAGCUUCAGUUACCAGCAGCACUGCGAUUCAGCUUCGAGUUGGACCCAGGUGAUCCCUUGGCGAAGUACAAUGCCCGCGCUGGUAUCGCUCAGAUGUUGUACGAGUCCACACUUAUCUUGCUUCACAAGCCAUUCAUGUCGUCAUCAUCGGAUUCAUCCACACGCGUAGCCUCUCGGUCACUGGAUAUUUGUAUGAAGGCGGCUUCAAAGAUCACUUCGAUUGUAAAGACCCUCGUCAAUACAUUCACCAAGACGUAUCAGAUCACAGGAAUCGGAGAGUGUGCAAUUGUGAACGCGAUGAGGAUCCUGGCGAUGUGUAUCAAGUCGCCCGAGCCCAACAUCCGCCUAGGCGCAAAGGAUGACUUUGACUUUUUGAUUCGGUUCUUCCGGGAGUUCUACGCGUCCCCACAAGUGAUUAUCGACAAGGACUUGUUCAACUGCAUCAUGACGUUCUUUGACGAGUUCAUGCACAGCGUCAGUGGAGUGAGCGAGUCGACCGUGCACAUCUGUGCUUCUGCCAUCAAGAGCAUGGCGAUCGCCAAAAGGAACAAGAUUGCCCUGCGACGGACAUCAACUGAUGGCCAGGAGCCUCAACGGCCUUUAACAGCUGGCAGCGACGCCAGGAAUUUGAGUCGCUUGGUUAAGAUUGGCCGAGAGGAGCGCGCAAGAACCAGGGCCUAUUCACCCUCAUCGCAAUCAUCUAAGGGAUCAAAGACUGGAUCUGGCGGACACAGGAAACGGCACAGCCACAUGCCGCACGAGGAACCCCAUCGUUCCGGCACAAGCCUCUUCACGCCGCUCACUCAGGAGAACCACGAUGGGUUCAUGUCAACCUCGGAUCCAAUGAACGCUGACCCGCAGGAGAGUUCAGAGAUGUACCAGAAUUGGGGCAAGGUCCAAAAGGUCUGCCAGCAUGUGAGCCCCUUCGGAGGACCUGCGGUGAUGGAAAGUCUCAGUCAGUACCAAACAUCAUCCGCCAUUCUCAGCCAACCUCCCAACAGCAGCGCGAUCCCCCAGACCGCCCAUCUUUCGGAUCCAGCAGAUGACGUCUUCCAGGUCUAUCAUCCACAACAGCAACAACAACAACAGCAAGAGCAGGAUCAGCACAACCAGCAACAUCGUCAACAGCAUGAAGAGUACCAACUGCAGCUGCAGCAACACAAACAUCAGCUGACUCAGCAACAACUGCAGCAACAAUUAUUCCUGCAGCAUCAACAACGGCAGCAGGUUGCGCUAGAACAGCAAGGCCAGAUGGAUCGGUCCCAGGGACUUUUUGACGGUUCAGCGAACCAACCUGCACCGACGUUUGAUGUGCUCACUCCGUCCUUCUGGAGCGACUUUAUGGGAGUUGAUGGGAUGACGAAUACAGUCCCUCGCGCUUUGGAGCAGAGUGUGCUUUUGGGAGGCCCAACGAUACCGUCUGGAUUAUUUGAUGUGAUGAGCGCACCCACCGCAAACCCCGAUGACUUGUACGGGACUCUCAGCGCCCAGCAUCUACAGCAUUCGGCAGAGCAGCAACAUCGGCCAAUAUCACUGGGAGGCAUUUCAGCACAGAUGAAGCCGGACUCGCGCGAAAAGUCGAUAGGAGAGGCAGAUGACAACUUGAGCACUGACCACAUUCAGGCGCUGUUGGAACAAACGCUCGCGGGCGAUACCCAACCCAACCAUCCAAAUAUUCCCCAAUCCGGCCCCAGAGGCGAAUCUACUUCUCAGGAGCAGGUCUUCCGCGACGUAGGAAAGACAAUCGUGGAGCAAUGCGUCAAGGGCUACAACGGAGUAAGGACACAUGAUAUCUCGUUCGUGGAGACCAUUUUCGCAUAUGGGCAGACUGGAAGCGGCAAAACAUACACCAUGCAAGGACCAUCCAACAUGACGAGUCUCGGCAAGCAUGAGCACCGAGGCAUUAUCCCCCGGUGCUUGGAAUAUCUCUUUGAUUUGAUCGCCAAAGAGGAACAAAUGGUCAGCUCGGUCAAGUAUCUAUGCAAGGCCUCCUACAUCGAAAUCUACAACGAGAUGAUCUACGACCUGCUCGACAACUCGACAACUGCCCGGGCAACACGAGAGGAUAUCAAGCGUGGCGUAUAUGUCGAUGGAGUAACUGAAGAGUCCAUUCACAACCCGGAAGACGCAUACAAAUUGUUUGAACAAGGCGCCGCUAACCGACAUGUCAGUGCUACCGCUAUGAACCGCGAAUCCAGUCGCUCGCAUACAGUCCUGACACUCACUAUUCAAUCCAUGGCACUCGUCGAUGGAAUCAACCACAUUCGAGAAUCGCGAUUCAACCUCGUGGACUUAGCAGGAUCAGAGAGACAGAAACUGGCCAACACUGAGGGCCUUCGACUGAAGGAGGCUGGAAACAUCAAUAAGAGUCUGCUCUGCCUCGGCUCGGUCAUCAAUGCGCUCGGCGAAAUUGCUGGAGGUCACUCCCGCCAUGUGCAUUACCGUGAUAGCCGAUUGACGUUUUUGCUGAAGGAUUCGCUUGGAGGAAACUCGAAUACCUUCAUCGUCGCCAACGUCUCGCCUUCAGCACUUUGCUACCAGGAGAGUUUGAGCACACUGCGUUUUGCCCAGCGUGCAAAGAUGAUCAAGAACAAGGCCGUUGUGAACGAGGAUAUCCAGGGGAACGUGAAUGAACUGAGAGCAGAGAUUCAAAGACUGAAGGCUGAGCUGGGAUUGAAACAAGCCGCGGGCGGCAACAAUACUAGUAUGGCCAAUAUGCUCCUUGUGGAGACGCUAGCAAAACUUCGAGCUGAGCAGGAGGAGCAUAUGGCGAUGGCGCAGAAGGGCUUCAUGCUAGACGAUGCCUGUAAGGCUAGAGAAAAGCAGAUUCAAUCCGCUCAAUUGAUCAUCAAGUUCAAGGAGAGUGCAUUGGUCUCGUACCGCAAGGGCGUGACAAGUGCAGCCAUGGAAGCGGAGAAGGGUGCGCUCCAGGAAGAAGUGGCACAACUGCGAAAACAAUUGGACUUUCACCCGGAGGUACUGAAGGUCAAGGCUGAAAACCUGAGUCUUCGAGAGAUGCUGGCCAAGCUCGAGAGAUAUCAGUCUGGUCUGGAAGAUUUCGAGGAGAAGCAGAAGAAGGACAAGGAGUACCUCUACAACCUGUCCGGCAAAAUCCUGGAGCUCGAGCACGAGAACGAAACCCUUCGGACCAAGCUUGGAAGCGCCACACCUAAGGAGAACGAGGAUGUUGACUUUGUCAGGAUCGAAGGCAUCGACGAUCUUAUGCAGGAAUCGCCGCCCAAGAUCCGUGACGCUGAUAGACGAUUCUCCAGCGAUAUGAAAUCCUUGCUCCAGAGGGUAAACAAGAAUAGAAAGGCUGAGUACCGUCGACUCUCUGGCAACUUUGGCAAGCCAGAUCCCAUGUUGUUGGAUGGCGACGAUCGCAGCGUCGUCGGCUCGCCUUUAUCUGGAAACAGCACCCCUAUGAGCAAGCCCUCCGGCGCUUCGGCUUUGGGUGUGAAUCUUUCGGACAGUCUCUCGGCCCAUUCAGCUAUGCACAGCGACGAUUCUGUGGAGAUGACACUGUUGAAACGGGAUGUUGACCGCCUCAAGGACGAGAACUCUGUACUGGUCGAUGAAAAGGGAGUUCUUGAGAAGGAUUACUCUGACGCACAGUUCCAACUGAUCACUAUGGAGAAGUGUCUGGAGCAGGCCACAAACCAAGCGGAGCAACUGGGUCGUAAUCUACAGAGCAGCCGACAUGCCUUGGCGUCAAUGGAGCAGGAGGCAACCGCCAAGGUGUCCGACCUCAACAAGGAGAUGCAGGAGCAGGUCGAACUGAUGGAGAAGAUGCGAGUUGCCUCGAUCCUAGUGGAGGAGGAGCGUGAUCGACUCCAGGAGACCCUUCGCGAUGUCGAACAGCAGUACAAGGCAGUCAACAGGGAGCUGGACGACACUCGACAGCGUCUACUGGAGAACCAAAAGGAGUACGAUCAUCAAGUCGAAUACAAUAUGAAGCGGAUCAACGAGUUCCAGGAGAAGGAGUCAAAGUGGGACGAGACCAAGGCCGAACUGUCAAAGGCCAAGGAUGAUAUCGAAAAGCUGCUCGAACAACAGAAGGUUGAGGCCUAUAGCACCAGGUCACAGCUGGAGAAGGAGCAUCAAAUCCUGCUGGAGAACCAUGAGGCACUGGGUGCCGGCAAGUCGAAGCUGGAGGACAUGCUGACCGCCUUGGAGCAAGAACUCUCGACCCUUCGUGCCGCCAGCUCUGAUGCUUCCAAAGAACACGAAAAGAAGGAGCAACAACAGCUGCAGCAGCAUGAGACCGCCCUGAAGGCUGAACAGGAGUUGAAGGCUGCUCUAGAAGCUGAACUCAAAUCCGCACAAGACAAGUUCAUGAGCCUCGAGGCAGAGUUCCAAGCUGUCAAGGAGGCGAUGGAUUCUUCGAUGCAGGAGGCGAACAAGAUCCUGCAGGAGCGCGAGCAGCAAUUCGAGGAUCAGAUCAAGGCAUUGAAGCUGAUGCACACUCAAGACCUUGAGGAGCACCGUGCGCAGGUGCAAACGGAGAAUCAAUUCCUCAUCGAGGCACACCAGAAGAAAUUGGAGGAGCUCACGGCCGAUGCCCGGAAGCAAGAUCAACAGCUGCGCGAACUCCAAGAUUCACUUGCCGAGGCUAUCAAGGCAGGCGAGGAGGCGUUGGAGGCCAAGCAGACUGUCAUUGAGGAGAUGAAGAGCACUAAGGAACUCUCCGCCACUCUGUGCCAGGAAUCGGAGAAGCUGAAGCAGGAGAAGGAUCGCCUCGCAGCUGAGGUCGAGUCAAUGUCGUCCAAGUGUCUGGAGAUGGAAGCCACUCUGGAGGAGCAGAAGCAAGCACUGAGCAAGAUGUCCCAGGAACUCGAGCAGGAGAAGAGCCGCCUUACGUCUCAAGUCGAAUCAUUGUCCUCCGAAGGCGAGUUGAUGUCCGCCGAGAACCUUGCUUUGGAGGCCGCUUUGGAGGAGCAGAAGCAGGCGCUGAAUAAGGUCUCGGUGGAGCUCCAACAGGAGAAGAGUCGCCUUGCGUUCCAGAUCGAGACAAUCUCGUCGAAGAACCUCGCACUGGAAACCACUCUUGAGGAGCAGAAGCAGGAACUGAGCAAGGUAUCCCUGGAGUUGAAGCAGGAGUUGUGGGAAAAGGAGCGUCUGAAGACCACACGGAACGAGCUUCGGGAGAAGGUUUCGGAGAUGGCCCGCAAGGUCGGAGAGGCAGAACAGAAGCUCGACCAGGCGCGGGACAGCAACAGAACUUCGGAGAUGGAGUAUAGGACUGUUCAGGACGAGCUCGAAUAUCAACUAAGCAAGGCUAGGAACGAUCUUGCUGUCAAGACCAACGAGAACAUGCUGAACGAGGAGUACAAGCGCAAGUUCCGGGAGCUGCGAGCUCAGUUUGCAGACUUGGGACCAGCCAUUACGGAGCGCCAGCAGCAGGGCUUCCACGAGCGAGAACUGAAGCGUACUAUGGAGCUGGAAAAGGCCCGUGAGGAACUUGUCCGGUCUCAGACGCGUACUGUGCAGCUGGAGGCGAACGUGGCCUUGGCACAGGAGAUGAACGAGCAGCUGUUGAAUGACUCCAAAGCGAGUACCUUGAAGAUUGCCGAGGAGAUGGAGAAGCGGCUGCAGGAUGUCGAAGUUCAGCGACAAACUGCCGAGCGGGAAGUCGAACAGGCGCUCGAAACGGUCCAACAAAAGACGGCACAACUGCAGCAACUGGAGGAGCAGGCAAUUCACAACAAGGAACGGAUGGGUGCUUUGGAGGAGGAGUUGAACGAGGAGCGUGUCAAGGUUGAGCGUAUGGAGGCGACCUUGCUGGAAGGUAAAGCAAUACUGGAGGAGCAGGAGGCUACCGAGAAGGAGUUGCUCAUCCAGGAGACCAAGCGCAAGCUGAAGGAGGAGCAGUUGUUGGCCCAACGACAGUUGUUGAUGAAGAUGAAGGAGGAACAACAGACUCUGGUUCAGCAGCAGGUUGAGAGACGCGACAAGACACGAGCUCUGUUUGAGGGCCUGGCAACAGAAAAUGGCAAGCUGAUGGAGCAGGUCCGAGAUUUGGGCUUAGUUAAUGAGAACAUCAUGAAGCACCAGAACCCCAAGCAGAAGCUCCAGUAUCACGUCAAGAUCAAGCAGGAGAACAACGAACUCCGGAUCGAGAACCAGCGGCUGAUGUUCAGGGCGAUCGAGUUGGAGGAGAAGCUGGGCAACAAGGAGAAUGUCGAGUCCCUUCGAAAACAAGUCUGGGAGAUGCACGGCGAGAGCCCUUACCAGAGCUCGAUUGACCUGGGACUAGACAGCAACGCCGAGACGACCAGCACCAGAAUGGAGAUGGUGAAGGGCCUGACCGAAGAGAUGCCUAUCGUCCGCUCAAACUCUGGAUCGCCAACGCCUUCCUCCGAGACAUCCGCGUCGUCAAUUUCUGGACCCUCAGCGCCCAGGAAGGUUGCUGAGGAAGUAUCUUCACAUCCAGUGGCGGCACGCAAAAGCCAUGCCCCAGCUGCAGCGGUGAGCCAAAAGAGGAAGGCAGCCCCCAACGACCCUCCAUCCGUUGUGUCUCAGCCAUUUAGCCGGAAACGACAGGCUGGAUCGGUGCCACCUCAGUCGGUGUCUUCCUCUGAGACUCGCUCGAAAACUGGACCUUUCUCGACCGUCGCUGCAACAUCCGUAUCCAGUGCAGCUUCUGGAGAUACAGCUGCCGAGGUACCUUUGGGCCCACGCGCACGAGCAAAAGCCGCUGCCGACGCUGCAUUAGCCGCUUCUAAGUUUACCCGAGCACAGUCGGCCAAACCCGCCUCUCGCCCAACCAGUAACCCUUCGCACCCUAUUAGCAGGGUAUCCAGGACACCAAGCCAACGCGCUCCAUCCGCACCGCCAUCUUCCUCGAGAGCUGUUGGGCAUGAUGAUCGCCUGCGGGGUCCACGGUCAGGAGGAGCGGUCACGAAACCUCGCAUGGGUACACCAGGUCCCUCCUCGGCAACCAAGGGACCGAACAACGCUGCAAUCCAACGAGGCAUGUCGGUUGAUCCAGCCAUUGGUAGCGCGAGUGCUCAGCGAGCCCUCCUUCGCGAAGCGCGACUAGAAGCAGCUAGGGCUCCUACUAUAGCAGCUAUAUCAAGGAAGGGACUGAUCGAUCCGUCCGAUAGCCAAGUCAACACGAGAGGUGCCAGUCAGGAAUCCAGCCGCAGCAAUUUACCCGCCUCGUCUGCACCCUCUAAAUCCCGUCCAGAAUCCUCUACAGCACCGAGCACACAUUCGACAGAGAACGUUCUUGUACCAACGACCGACUCCAGCGACUAA